AUGGCGGUUGCCUCCGAGGAGCUUGAACCAGUUAAGUACGACCUCUCGGAAAUCUCGGAUGCAAGAGAGAGAGAGAGAGAGCGAGAAAUGCAGUUCUCAGGAAUAGAGCCUGAUUAUGUGACCAUCACCUCUGUCCUCUCAGCAUGUGCAAACUUGGGGGCACUUGGGCUUGGCUUAUGGAUACACCGUUUUGUAUUGCAACGGGAGUUUGGUGAGAACAUCCGGUUAAGCAACUCGUUGAUAGACAUGUAUGCAAGGUGUGGAUCUAUUGAAUUCGCAAAACAGGAGUUUGAGAAAAUGUCUAAACGAAGCUUGGUUUCAUGGAACUCGAUGAUUGUGGGCUCCGCUGUUAAUGGAUAUGCAGAGGAUGCUCUAGAAUACUUCUCUCUGAUGCAGGAGGGGUUUGAACCAGAUGGAGUGAGUUUUACGGGAGCUCUUACUGCCUGUAGCCAUGCCGGCCUAGUUGAUGAGGGCCUCCAAUUCUAUGAUAUGAUGAAGAGGAUUUACAAAAUUACCCCUAGAAUUGAGCACUAUGGAUGCAUAGUGGAUCUCCUUAGCAGGGCUGGUCAGUUGGAAGAUGCGUUGCAUAUAAUAGAAAGCAUGCCCAUGAAGCCAAAUGAAAUUAUAUUGGGUUCAUUGCUGGCUGCAUGUAGGAAUCGAGGGAAUCUCAGUUUAGCUGAAAAACUGAUGAGUUAUCUAACUGAUUUGGAUCCUAGCUGUGAUUCCAAUUAUGUGCUUCUUUCAAACAUGUACGCUGCUGUUGGUAGGUGGGAUGGUGUAGGAAAAGUUAGGAAUACAAUGAAGGCACUCGGAGAUUGA